CUUUCUGGAAAUUUUGUACGUCCAAAACUCCAAAACCUUUAGGAACAAAUCGCGAUCCUUUCAAUCGAAAUUGAUUUUCAAGAAAGCUAUUCAUCCUAAUGUCAGCGACGACGAACACGACGGGAACGGACUCUGCGCCGUAUCCCCCUUCUUCUCGCGUCGGUAGAGCCAAUUCCGACGGAAUCAUCGACACAACGCCGCUCCUCCCUUCCGGCGUCACGAGAACCGCGAGCGCCGACGGAGAAAACGGAAUCCAGCGAUCCGCCGCCAGGCGACAAGGUCUCAGAGAGGCAGCGAGGUUCCUUCGCCACGCAGGAAGCCGGAGGAUGAUGCGAGAGCCGUCGAUGCUGGUCAGAGAAACCGCGGCGGAGCAAUUGGAAGAGAGGCAGAGCGAUUGGGCGUAUUCGAAGCCCGUGGUGUUCCUCGACAUCCUCUGGAAUCUCGCUUUCGUGGCGAUCGGCGUCGCUGUUCUGAUCCUCAGCCGCGACGAACGGCCUAAUAUGCCGUUGAGAGUUUGGGUUGUCGGUUACGGUGUUCAGUGCGGGCUUCAUAUGGCGUGCGUCUGCGUUGAGUACAGGAGGAGGAGGUGUCGGCGAAGGAGAGACACGCGCCACGGAUCGUCUGCUUCUUCCUCGCAGCAGUACGUUUCGUUAGCUCAAUUGGAGGAUACAGGAAACACUAGUGGUCUCAGUAAUUCUGCAAAGCAUCUUGAAUCAGCCAACACAAUGUUCUCGUUCAUCUGGUGGGUAAUCGGAUUCUACUGGGUAUCUGCGGGAGGCCAAACACUCUCUAGUGACGCUCCUCAGCUCUAUUGGCUGUGUAUCAUAUUUCUUGGUUUCGAUGUUUUCUUUGUUGUAUUCUGUGUUGCAUUGGCUUGUGUUGUGGGCCUUGCUGUUUGCUGCUGUCUUCCAUGUAUAAUUGCAAUCUUAUAUGCUAUUGCCGACGAGGAGGGAGCAUCGAAGAAGGACAUAGAUCAAAUGCCGAAAUUCAGAUUUAGGAAGAUAGGCAACGGUGAAAAGCUCCCAGGCGAAACUACUGACCGAGGAAUAAUGACAGAAUGUGGAACAGAUUCACCUAUCGAACGCUCACUUUCUUCAGAAGACUCGGAAUGUUGCAUAUGUCUGUGUGAAUAUGAAGACGGAGUUGAACUAAGAGAACUACCUUGUAACCAUCACUUUCAUUGCACUUGCAUCGACAAAUGGCUUCACAUAAACUCUCGUUGCCCGCUUUGCAAGUUCAACAUCUUGAAGAAUGAAAACGAAGUCUAGUGAUCGAUCUUUCGUGGGGAUCACCUGAACAAAAUCUCAGACCAGAAGUUUUCAGGUAAAUGUAAAAACCCUGGGGUGUGUUUAAGUGUUGUGCAGUUAGAAUUGUAGAUUCAAUGUAUUGUGUGUAUUACAUUGACGAGUGAGAAACAUGUGAAUUCAACCUUGGACCUGUUUUUUUUA